UUGUUAUUUUGUGGAUUUAGGGAAGUGCAAUCGAGGUUGAGAAUAUUGACGAGGCCAAUUUGAUUCACUUGCCAAUGGCUGAUGACUCAAUUAGUGCAAUUGAUCUAUUUUUGAAGCAAAUCAGCAUGGGAGACAACAAGAGAGAAACAGAGCUCAACCAUUUUAGUCAUCAUCAUCCAUUAAUCCUUUCCAAUGUGCAAGGAGACAACAAUUUGUGCUAUGAGAAUGAACUACUUAUCUUGAAUGAGCUGAAUAAGGACAAAAUAUGCAAUGCUUGUGUGAGAAAAAUUUCGGCUCCAUUUUACAGUUUUGGUCUAUGUGAUUUCUUUCUCCACAAAUGGUGUGCCGAGCUACCAAAUGAGCUGGAGCAUCUGUGUCACCCACACCAGCUCAUCCUCCUCAAAAAGCCCCCUGAACCUAGAGGAUUGUUCCUUUGCAGCGGCUGUGAAUAUUAUUGCAACGGAUUUGCCUUCAGACGUAUUGAGGAAGAAUGUAUGAAUUAUUUCAACUACUACCUCGAUGUUAAGUGUGCUUUCCUACCCAAAGCCAUCAUUCAUAAAGUUCAUGAGCAUCCCCUCUUCCUAAAGAAAGAUUGUGUCACCGGAGGUUGUGCUGCAUGUCCUCGAAGGGUUUGGAUGUUCGCAUUUGGAUGUGACAUUUGCAAUUUCAACUUACACUACACGUGUGCUCUGCUACCAGAUACAAUUAAGCAUAGGUAUGAUGAACAUCAUCCCUUCACCCUAAUUUACGCACCCAUUAAGGAUGGACCCGAUGAGUAUAUCUGUGAGUUUUGCGAGGAAGAAAUAGACCCCAACUGGUGGUUCUAUCACUGCAUCGAUUGCGAUCUGUCUGCUUGUGCCAAAUGCAUUUGUACGGAGAGAAACGAAGUUCAAAAUAUCAAGUAGGGAAGCACUUAUAACUUUGACAGUCGCCCACACUGUCUCAUCUAUGUUCCAAUGAAAGACAAGAGCUUUAACUGUGCCUACUGUCACGAGCAUAUCGAUUACCUGCCUUUUGAAGAACAACGCAUUGCAAGUAAAGUAGGCUUCAAAUGUGAGCAGUGUAACAUUAUGCUCCAUCCACAUUGUCCUCAUCCAUAAUAUCUUAAGCUGUGUUUGUUUCGAAAAUUUGAUGAGAAAAUGAAAAAUGAAAGAAAAUAUAAUCUUAUUUUUUGUUGAAAAAAAAAA